AUGAAACCGCUGCCCUUCCCGCUGGCCCUGAAUAUCGGUACGGACAUUGUUCACCUUCCACGCAUCACGCGCCUCCUCCACCGCGGCGACUACCUGGCACGCUUCACACGACGCAUCCUCCACGAUCAUGAACAACGUGACUUCCGCACUCGCUUUGCCCUGCCUGCCGCCACGAACCUGCCGAACCCAUGCGCGAACCAGAGUACUACAGACAUGGCCCGCUGGCUCGCCGGUCGCUUCGCCGCCAAGGAAGCCGCACGCAAGGCCGCGCCAAACGGAGCGGCGAGCCUGGGAUGGAAGGACGUGAUGGUGCGGGUUAGCGAGACGGAUACGGGCAGACCGGAAGUGGUCUACUUGGACGGAGAGACGCCCCGCAUUGGGAAGCUGUCCAUCUCGCACGACGGGGAGUACGUGAUUGCUACGGUUCUGGCGGCCGGAUGA